AUGGCGAGCCCGAGGGCAGUAUCGAGCGAAGUUCAGGGUGAAGAAUACAUCAAGCCUUUUCUAUCUUCUAUGAGCGAGGAUCCACACUACAAGCAACAGUAG